CUACGUCACACUGCUUCAGUGGUUACCAUUGCGUGCUUGUUUCUGAAAUCACGCACUUUACUAGAUUUACUGGUCUGUAUUCGGACUUUGGAGUAAUACUCUUACUUCAUCUUUCAGUCACAGUACUUGUAGGUUUGUUAGUAGUAAUUGCAAUAACACGAUGUUGAAACUUUUGUAUUGAAAAGUCUGUCAAUAAUAUGGAUGUCGUUAGAAAAGUGUGUCUGAGAUGGAGACCUAAAAGUUUGUGUUUUCGAAGAACGGGAACUUUUUACAGAGUAACGUUGUGUAUUUUUGGAUCAGGUAUUGAAACGACAGUGUGUACACCUACAUCAUCAUUGUCACGAAUCAAAAUUAAUCCAGGUAGCUACUUUUGCACAAGUUCGUAUUUUUGUGCUAGUAACCAAGUCAACAGACGUGGAAAGCUACUUCAAAGGUUCAUUAAUAGUGCUGGAAAUACUAAAAAGAAAAAACGCUGGUAUGAUUCCAAUGAGCAAAAGAGUAGAGGUGAUGGCUCUCUAACAUGGAACACCAAGCCAGCAAACAAUCAACGAAUGAAUGUAUUCAAUGCAAUUUUAAUGGAAGCAAUCACAGAUAUCAUGUCCACUGGAGAAAUCAAUAACAAGCUUCAUGGUCAUGGAAUUGAAGUUCUUGGAGUAAAGGUGUCUCCAGAUUUAGGUAAUAUUAUUGUAUAUUGGACAUCUUCAACCCCCAACUUGGCAACAGCUGAAGAACUACUGAACUCUAAUGCUGGAAAGAUCAGGGGAGAAUUAGCAAGUUUAUCCAUCUUGACAAGUAUACCACGCAUCACAUUUGUUAAAGAUUUAACUUCUACUAAAAUAUUAGAAGUUCAAAACUUAUUAGCUGAGGCAGACUUUGGGCCAGAUUUCCAACCUACAAGUUUGAUACAUCCUUUCAAGUUGGAUGCUGUUUCAAAGAAGCAGCCAGCUUUUAGUAGCGGAAGUGAUAAAACUCUCUACCAAGAACCGAAGGCCUCUGAUACACAGCUUCCUUGGGCACCACCAGAGAUGAAGCACAAUAUUUUUGGGCUUGACCAUAAAGCCCUCAUGAACCAAGUUGCCCAGAAAGUAGCAAAAACUAGAAGUAAGGAUCAAAGGAGUUCCUUUGCUAGUUUAGACACAAAGCCUGUUCAACAGGACCAAUGGCAUCUUGAUGACAAAUCUUUUUUUAAAGGUUUUGAUUUUCAAGUGGACAGUGGUGUAGUUAAAAAUAACUUUACUUUAGAAACUGAUUUCGAGAAUUUUUCCAAUGUUCUUCCAACACCAAAAAAGUACAAAAAAGAAAAAAGACUUCCCAAAAUGAACAACAAGAUUUGCUUACAGAGGAUUUGCUGAGAGAUGCUUCUAACAGCAAUAGACAAAUUGAUCUGGAAGAAGAGGAUUACUUUGAAGAAGAAGAAGUGUGGACUGAUCAUUAUAAAGAACAUGAUACUGGAAGAAAUAAUAAAAACAAUGAGUAAUUCAUAUUAUUAUA